CUGCCUAGAAUUUACAUUUUUUGGGUAAAAACUAAUUGACGGUUGUAAACAUAAAAUAGUGUAAAAUUGUGCACACAAAUUUGGUGUGAAAUUCACGUAGGAAAAGAUUAACAAGAAAGGAAACAUGACAACAGUAAAAGAUGAGGACAUUUUGGCGAUAGGUCGCGUUUUGAAUAACGAAAACAGACCAUUGAAGGAAAGAUUUCGAGCUCUCUUCACCUUAAAAAAUAUUGGGGGGAAAUUGGCCAUCGAACAAAUAGAAAAAGGGUUUAGGGAUCCUUCUGCGUUAUUAAAACACGAACUCGCUUAUUGCCUAGGACAAAUGCAAGAUAAAAAUGCCAUUUCUGGUCUCAUCAACGUCCUGAAAGAUAAAUCUCAAGAACCUAUGGUUCGCCAUGAAGCAGGCGAGGCACUUGGAGCAAUUGGAGAUCCAACUUCAAUUCCCAUUCUCGAGGAAUACUGCAAGGAUCCUCUUCCCGAAGUUGCUGAAACCUGUGAGUUGGCUCUCCAUCGACUCAAAUGGUUAAAGGAUCCGAAAUCCACCACAGAAAAUUUAUCAGACAAUCCUUAUGCUUCCGUUGAUCCCGCUCCUCCAUGCGAAACAAAAAGCGUUGAGGAAUUGAAAAAUACUCUUUUAGACGAGAACGAGACGCUUUUCAACCGAUAUCGUGCCAUGUUCGCUCUGAGAAAUAUGCGAACGAAAACGAGCACUCUGGCGAUUUCAGAAGGAUUGAAAGCUGGCACGGCUUUAUUUCGUCACGAAAUCGCUUUCGUUCUUGGACAGCUGCAAGAGGAAGUUUCCGUUCCAUAUUUGAAGGAAUCACUUGAAGAUGAAAAGGAAAACGAAAUGGUUCGUCACGAGUGUGCAGAAGCUUUAGGAGCCAUUGCAAGUCCAGAUUGUUUGGAAAUUUUGAAAAAAUAUCUCAAGGAUGAGAAACGUGUUGUUCGUGAAAGCUGCGACAUUGCUUUGGAUAUGUGUGAAUAUGAAAACAGUUCUGAAUUCCAGUAUGCUGACACUUUGCCAGAAGUUGUCGCGUAAUAGUAAUAAUAAAUAGAAAGGAAAAACAAGACAGAAUAGUUUAAUUUCGAUUGGAAUGUUUCAAUUCUUACUGAUCUUUAAUUUAAGGACUCUAUAGAAAGUUUCUGUAUUCCAUCUUCAGGCGGAAGUUAAAAUUAAAAAGUGCUUUAGCUCUUUUUCAAAUAGUUUUAAAAUGUCUACGCAAUUCA